GCACGUUGGAUUGGUCCUGCGAUGAAGCGAAAGUCCAUCUCGAGCGACGUCGUCUCGGCGCUGGCCGGCGUCGAGGUGGCCUUCGAGCCGCUGCGCCGCCACGCCGACGACGCGUCGCUGCCGCGCGCCUGCCAGCAGAAGAUCAAGGCCAUCCACGCAGCGAUCGCCGACCUGCGCAAGGAGCUGACGUCGCCGUCCAAGAAGCCCAAGUCGGACGACAAGAGUGAGUUUGUCUGCGUGAAGACAGCCAUGGCGCAGCUGCAGAUGCGCAUCCAGGCCGAGCAGACCACGGGCAAGGUCGACGCGGACGCGACCGAGUCGGAAUCGGACGAGGCGCCCCCAAGACGCCUGCGCCGUCCCGCGUUAGCGCACCGCGACGACGACACGGCGUCGGAUGAGGACGUCUUGCCGCGCGUGUCGUCGCCGCCCGUGCGCAUCAAGGUGGAGCCCUCAUCGCCUGCUCCGUUGCCCUUGCACAAGGACUCGGUGGCCACGGACGUCUUUGGUGGCGGUUGGAACGACGACGACAACAGUACAGAGAAUGGCAGCGACGAAGACGAAGACGCCGAGGUGCAGGAGCCUGCAAAGGUCCCUGCGGUUGCAGCCUCCGAGGCGUCAGAAAACGAAGAAGCCUCCGAGGAUGAAACAGCCUCUGAGGACGAGGCAGCUUUGGCGACUACAGCUACCUCCGUUGUCAAAGCUGGUCGAGCCAAUGACGCAGCAUCCGAGAGCGAAGCCGCGUCUGAGAGUGAAACCGAAGACGAGGACAUGGACGCCACGCAAGACGACGAAGACGAAGGGAGCAUCAAGCACGAACCCGGCGCGCAGCUCAGUGCGACGUCGACGCCGGUCUUGCAGCCGACGCCGUCACCGCCCAAGCCGACAAAGUCGCUGUCCCUCAAGGCCACCGUCAAGGUUGAGGUCAAAGCUGAGGCGAAGGCCAAGCCGGCCCUGGUCAUCGAAACGUCGCCGCCACCGCGCAUCCUCUCCGAGCUCGACUCGAUUGCCAUCAACCACGCCCAACUGGCCUUGAGCUCUUGCUCCGAAGACGACGAAGAUCUCGAAGAAGAGGAGGAAGCUGUCGAGGAGGCCGACAGUGAAGAGAGCGACCAGGACGAGGAGGAAGAUACGGACGAAGGGGAAAAGACCGUCGUCGCGACCAAGCCACCGGCGCGGGUCUUCCAACCUGUGCCCGUGCGUCGACCGUCAUCGGUGCCGUCGUCCGACUCGGAAGACGACGACGAGCCCUUCCCGAAGAAGCACCUCGUGAGCGCACCCAAGAUUUCGGCCGACCUCUGGCCGUCGCUCAGCGAGCUCUACCGGGCGAUCGUUCACCCGACAAAACCCGAGCUCCUCCCCAAGAAGUUUGCGUUCCCAGCAACGUACUCGAGCCUCGACGAGUACAUGGGCAACAUGAAGCGAGCGAUCUUGGAAGAAGCGCUCACGGGCAUCCAGGACGUCAACCAGCACGGCGCCGGCACAGACAAGGUCCGGUUCCUCUCGCUGAGCGAAUACACCAAAGGGCUCCAGCUCGCGGCGUUCUCGCUGCCCGAGCACCUUGUGUUGACCAACAACGAUUUGGUCGAGCUCUGCCGCAUGAAGGACAAGCGCCCGUCGCCGCUGCGUGGCGUGGUCUACUCGGCCGCCAACACAAACAACAAGGAAGUGACGAUCAUUUUGUCCGAGAAGCACGAGAUCGAAGCCGGCGCCUACUUGAUCAAGAUCCUCUCAAACCUCACAACGUGCUCCCGUGAGUACCAAGCCGUGUUGUCGCUACCGACGCUGCCGCUCAUGCUGCGCAACCUCAUUGUCGCCGCCGAGGUCCCGACGUCGAGCCUCGGCCGCGGCGCUGGCGUGCGCCCGAUCAUGCUGGCCGCGCUGCAAGAAAAAUACAACAAAUCGCAGCUCCGCGCGAUCCAGUCGGCCGUCGAGCGGCCCUUGACGCUCAUCCAGGGCCCGCCGGGCACGGGCAAAACCCGCACCAUUGUCGGACUCAUCGGCGCGCUUCUGAGUGGGUCGGGCAUGCAGGCGACGACGCAGACCAACGCGCGCGUCUGCGUCGGCGCGUCACUCGGCCUCCAGCUCUCGGAGAAGGACCGCGCCGCGAUGGCCGUGCGACUCCUCGUCACGGCGCCAAGCAACGCCGCCGUCGACGUCAUCAUCCAGCGGCUCCAGGCCGACGGCGUCUUCAACGUCAAGACCAAGACGUACGAAGUGCCGACGAUGGUCCGGAUCGGGUCGAUGCCAGGGCUCAAGCAAACGCCAACGUCGCAGCGCCACAAGAAGCAGUACAAGCAGACGUCGGCGGCGACCAUUUACCUCGACCAGCUCGUCGAGCAGCAGCACGGCCAGCGGCGCGACCAAAACUGGAAUCAUAUGCAGGUGCGGCAAGAAAUUCUGCAGAAAGCUCAGAUUGUGUUUUGCACGCUCUCGGGCGCGGGCUCGAUCUCCAUGUGCGACUUUCGGCAGAGCUUUGACGCGGUGAUCGUCGACGAAGCGGCGCAGGCCACGGAGGCGAGUUCGCUCAUUCCGCUCAAGUUUCAAGCCACGCGCUGGAUCCUCGUCGGCGACCACAAACAGCUCCCCGCGACCGUGCUCUCGCCGCGCUUGAUGCGCAUGGGGUACGAGACGAGCAUGUUCCAGCGCCUCGUCGCGUCCAACGACGUGCACUUUCUCACCAAGCAGUACCGCAUGCACCCGCACAUUGCCCAGUUUCCGUCGGCCAUGUUUUACGACGGCCAGCUGCAGCACGGCGGCGUGCCCCGCGCGCGGCCGUACCACGCGACGCCGGCGUACGGCCCGUAUGUGUUUUACGACAUCUUGCAGGGCGAGCAGAGCAAGGCGGAGGGCUCGACCUCGUACCGCAACUUGCCCGAAGUCGCGUUCAUCGUCUCGCUCGUCAAAGGCCUCGUGCAGUCGCAUCCUGACUACGCGUUCCGCGGCAAGAUUGGCGUCAUCUCGCCCUACAAGUCGCAGAUCCACGAGCUCUCGACGGCCUUUCUCAAACUCAACUAUGGCCAGCUCGUCGAGGUCAACACGGUCGACGGCUUCCAGGGCCGCGAAAAGGAAAUCAUCAUUGUCUCGUGCGUCCGGACCGUGCGCGGCCGAGAAAACGCGUUCUGGGGCGACACGCGCCGCAUGAACGUGGCCUUGACGCGCGCCAUCUCGAGCUGCUGGGUCGUCGGCAACUCGGCCUUACUGAGCCAGAACACGGCGUGGUGCACGCUCAUCGAAGACUGCAAGGCGCGCCUGUGCUACCGCAGCGUCGACCUCUAGAACACCAAGGACCAUGGAAUUUCAUCACGCGUCG